AUGAGUUUUGAAACAUCUACUAAUAACGGUAAUAGCAAGGAAGAACGUAAAUACCAUGACCGCAACAAGUCGGAUGACUUACAAAUAUCGAGGACAGACAUGAAUAUGUUGAUAAUGAAUUAUUUAGUAACAGAAGGUUUCAAAGAAGCAGCUCUGAAGUUCCAACAGGAGGCAGGUUUACAAGAGCCGGCACUGUGCAGUUCACUGGAUGAGCGUAUAAUGAUCCGAGAAGCAGUUCAAAGCGGUCGGAUACCGGAGGCUAUUGCUAUGGUCAAUGCAUUGCAUCCUGAGUUAUUGGACAAUGAUCGUUAUCUUUAUUUCCACUUACAGCAACUGCAGCUGCUGGAGCUGAUCCGCGCGGGGCGGGCCGAGGAGGCGCUGUCGUUCGCGAGCGCGGCGCUGGCCGAGGCGGGCGCCAGCGACCGCGCCGCGCUGGCCGAGCUCGAGCGCUCGCUGGCGCUGCUCGCCUUCCCCGACCCGCACGCCUCGCCCUUCGCCGACCUGCUGCUGCCCGCGCACAGCCAGAAGAUCGCCAGUGAACUAAACGCUGCAAUAUUAAAAAUGGAAAACCAAGAGUACACUAAUCCCAAACUGUGCAGCCUCCUACGGAUGAUCCUAUGGUCACAGAGCGAGCUUGAUAAGCACAAUGUCAAGUACCCAAAAAUGACCGAUCUAGCAAAUGCCACUAUAGAGCAGCCAAAGUGA